AUGGGUUACUCUUCAUCGUCUACUGAGUCUACUGAGGCAUCGCCCCGUCGUCUGCGUUCCUGGUCGGAAUCGAUGAAGUUGAGGCGCCAUGGGUCAAGCGCACCCUCGCCGGAAGAAAUGGCCGGCAUGGAAGGAUGGUGUGCAUGUGCAGUUGAAGGAGAAGGAGUAGCCCCGCAAGUAAAAACAGAGGAAGAAGAAGAAGAUGAUGAUGGCGAUGACUACGAGCAGGAAGCAAUGUAUAGCAUCGGCUACGAGUUCAAAGACGAAGACGAGGAAGAGGAAGAGGAAGAGGAAGAGGAAGAGGAAGAGGAAGAGGAAGAGGAAGAGGAAGAGGAAGAGGAAGAGGAAGAGGAAGAGGAGGAGGAAGAGGAAGAGGAAGAGGAAGAGGAGGAGGAAGAGGAGGAGAAUGAGGAUGAGGAGGAAGAGGAGGAGGAGGAGGAGGAGGAGGAGGAGGAGGAGGAGGAGGAAGAGGUAAAGGCAGAAGCGUCUCCUCCUCCUCCUCCUCCUCCUCCUCGCCGUCUUCGGCUGCGUCUUUCGGAGAAGGAGGAAGUAAAAGCCGAAGAAGUAAAGGUAGAAGCGUAUCAUCCUCCGAAAGACUCAGCCGACGACCCAGACUCUGAAUACGCCAACCACGCCCCUCUGUCACCGACAAUUUUCAACCACCGCAAGCUCCGCAACUGGAUGUGUCCGUGCUGCACCACCUUCUUGAACCACUUGUCCUGUAAGCUGGCAAUGUCCUCCCACGGCCCGGGGACUUUCUGCAACGUGCAGGACUGGAGAAGGCUGACGAUGACGCGGACCGACGAGAUGGCCCGAAAUUGGGCCAAAAGGGAUGUACAGCGGAGGAGGGACGCGGCGGAAAAGUAUCGGCGGAAGAAGCAGCAGGAGGAGGAUGAAGCGAAGAAGAAUGGGAACGGUGUCAAGGUUGCGAAGAAGAAAAAGAAGGUAUUACUCCCUGGUUCGCUUGAUAGCAUGAGAUCUGUAGGCAACUACAAAUGA